CGCUUCACCAACUUGGCCUUGGACUCUUCAGUUCAUCGGCUACUCUCACACCCACAGAAUCAAUUCCGCUCCACGCUCUCUUCGCUUUCUGCUCCCAGACAGCGAAGGAAGAAGGUAAAGCACCAGAAUAAAAGAGAGACGCGUCUGCGUGGAUGUAAAGAAAAUCUUCAAUUCCUGCUCUCUCUCAUCUCAUCCAGACGCUUGCUCUCUCUCUCUCUCUCUCUCUCUCUCUCUGCGAAAUUCAGGAUUGAAAAUGGUGGACUUGGCUCGGAUCCAGAAAGAGCUCCAAGAAUGCAACAAAGACAUCGAAGUUUCCGGCAUAAGCAUUAAGCCCAAAGGCGACAGUCUGAUCCACUUGACCGGAACCAUACCCGGCCCUCUCACUACACCUUACGAAGGCGGCACUUUCGUCAUCGACAUCGACUUGCCCAAUGGGUACCCUUUUGAGCCUCCAAGGAUGCAAUUUGCAACAAAAGUUUGGUAUGAAUUAAUUUGGCACCCUAACAUCAGUAGUCAAAGUGGAGCUAUAUGCCUGGACAUCCUCAAGGACCAAUGGAGCCCUGCACUUACUCUGAAGACAGCCCUCCUGUCUGUUCAAGCUUUACUUUCUGCUCCUCAACCUGAUGAUCCACAAGAUGCUGUGGUAGCACAACAGUAUCUUCGAGACUACCACACUUUUGCAGCCACAGCUCGGUACUGGACUGAAACUUUUGCUAAAACAUCAACUCUUGGGGUUGAGGAGAAGGUGCAAAAACUUGUGGAGAUGGGCUUCCCUGAACCCCAAGUGAGGAGUACACUGGAAAGUGUAGGCGGCGACGAAAACAUGGCUCUUGAAACGCUCUGCUCUGGCUAAGUACAUUCCAGACAGACGCAGUUUUCGUAUUGGCUGGGAGUGUUCUGUCAACAUGAGGCUGAAAAUCAUACAAGGGGAAACAAGAUAGUCUGAAUAUAAGCAGCUUUUUUUUUUUUUUUUCUUCUUUUCUAUGUUAGACUAGUUUUUGUCCUUUGGUUUUUCAUUUGGCAGUUUGCUGUUGCCGACCGUUUGUCCCCCCCUCUGAACGGAUUAGUAUAUCUUCAAUGGCAUCGCACCAAAUUUCUUUUC